AUGACGGCCUUCUUGAAGAAGACGGCCCUCAACUACCCCGAUAUUACGUAUCUGUACUCUGCCGGCAAGAGUGUAGAGGGAAGAGAUCUGUGGGUAUUGAUCGUCUCCGACAAGCCACGCGAGCACGAGCUGCUCGAGCCGGAGGUCAAGAUAGUUGCCAAUAUGCAUGGCAAUGAGGUAGUCGGCCGAGAAGCGUGCAUCUAUCUGAUCGACAUCUUCACAAGAAAUUACGGGAAAAAUGAGUGGAUCACGAGAUAUAUCAACGACACGAGACUACACCUAAUGCUGUCGAUGAACCCGGAUGGCCACGAAAAGGGCAUUGCCGGCGAUAGAAUGGGGUAUACGGGCCGAGAAAACGCGCACGGCAUCGACUUGAACAGGAACUUUCCGGCACAAUACCCCGAACAUAUCGAAAUGUCCGGUGGUAAAGAGCCGGAGCCAGAAACCGUGGCCGUGAUGAAAUGGCUUCAACAGUACCCGUUUGUACUAUCGACGAAUCUUCACGGCGGUUCCCUGGUGGCCAACUACCCGUGGGACGACUCGGUGACGGGCAGGGAUGGCGAGUAUACACCCACCAAGGAUGACGUCCUGUUCGUCGGUCUGGCCUACAGAUACGCGAGGGCCCAUCCGAACAUGUGGAAAACCGGAAGGAGAUGUGGGCUUCAAGUGGAUGGGGACACAUUUUUGAAUGGAAUUACAAAUGGGGCCGGAUGGUACCACCUUGCGGGCGGGAUGCAAGAUUGGCAAUAUAUGCACACGAACUCGUUGGAGAUUACGAUCGAGAUGGGGUGCUUCAAGUUCCCUUCCAACGAUAUGUUACCCAAACUGUGGUCGGAUCAUGAGUACGCGCUGCUGUCAUUCUUGGAGAUGGCUCAUAUUGGUGUUAAGGGGGUUGUUAAGGAUGAGUACGGUAAGCCGGUGGCCAACGCUACCGUAUCCGUGGAAAAUGGCAAGGAGAUGAAGACGACCAGUGACGGCGAAUACUGGAGAAUUUUGGCCCCUGGAGACCAUGAGAUGAGGCUGGUGAUUAAUGGCACGCUACUCGUCAAGAAUAUCACAUUGGCUGCCUGUGGGAAAAACGAGGACUCGAAACCGAUCAUCCGGCGAGGGCGCGGCUCUGUCAGAAUCGCGAUCGUUGGAGUUAACGAGAAGGCGUCAAAGAUCCUGCGUCAAAUGGCCGCCGAUUCGUGCACGGAUGAGACGUAUCUUGCGGAUGAUUUAUCCCUUAUCAUCGUCCCGGAUGGGAUAAAUCUACAGAAUAAAGCCAGGAUAAUCCACGACGAGUACCCGGCAGCUGUAUUGGCCGUAGCCGACGGGACGCUGGAAAGUGUAGUUUAUAGCGCUGGGGAAAAGGUUCCGAAAAUUUUCCACAAAGAAGCCCUGGAGCGGUCGCUGAAUAAGGAGCUAGGAGGAGGAGUGAAAUGUGCAGAAUCGAACCACCCGUUAUUAUCAAGCGAGGUGGCCAAACUGCUCGAUGAUCUCCAAGUUCCCGCCGCCUUUCAGGUUGGCGUUGGCCUCGGCUGUGACGCUGAUGCAGUCCAAAAACAGGGAGCAGCCGUAGCUGGUAUUGCAAAGAUGCUGGAAAAGAUUCUGACCCGCGAUGCCGUCUCCGAAUUCAGCAUCCGCCCAUCCGUCAGCCCGGCCGACCACUUUUCGGCUAGUGAAGCGAUGCAAGCAACUUCUGCCGCAAUCCCAGUACUAGAAGAUGAGAGGGGAUGCUCGAAGAGGGUCGAUUUGCCGAACCUUCGAAUGACACAAAUGGGCACUGGCCUCCCACCAUAUACCCUGGUUAUGGCCAUCGAAAAGAAAACGGAGGCUCUAGUCUACGAGAUGGCGUCGUCGUUCUGCGAUUCCGGAGCGGCUGAUGUACAAAAUAUCUUGAAACGCUCGACCCUCCUCUUCAUGCCAGAAAUCCCUCACACUCAGCUGAGCUGCCACGACUACGCUACUUUAGUGCCUUUUGAACAACUACUGGCUACUGUCGUUGGACUCCUUCCUGAGAUUGAUCUUAUCAUGAUGUUUGGAACUGGAGGAAUGAAGGUACGCUAUAUCAACCAAACAUCAUCAAUCGCCGGCACGAUCGCUGAGAAGUACAAAUCCCUUCACAACCAUAUGGGCGGAAAAACGGACAUUUGUAGCGGAAUUCCAAGCGAACGCGACACGAUCAAGCAGUUCAGCUGGGAUGAUAGUGUCGAGUGGAGGAAGACGGAUACGAUGCUUGUCCAAACUGGCUGCUGCUACGAGAAUGGCGGUGAGAGCAAACUGUGGGCGGAGAACGAGCCGGCAAUUGUCGGAUCGCUACUGGCGAGAACGAGGGGAAUGUUGGUGCAUACGGAUGCGAGGCGUGGCUCAAUCAUUGAUUCGGUUGGGAAAGAGCGUGAGCUCGUUAAAGGCUCAAUCUUCAUCCCUCUCGCCAACGGACGCUACGUGUUCAGGCUGAAGAAGGAUGGCGAAUUCUGGACAGACGUCUCCGCGGAGAUCUCUGACGCUAUCCCAUUCCAUAUCCGAGAAAUCGGCGCUCGUGGCGGGAUGAAUUUGGCGUUGAUUGCGAUGUUCGCCCUGGUGCUGCUGUUGAUUUGCUGCUUCAUCGUACGCGGCCGAUUCGUCGGGUUCUUCAACCGGAAGGGAUUGUUCCCAGGUGGAAGGGGACGAGAUGGCUUUGAGCGAAUUCCCCUCUACGAACAGGACGACGACGACGAGGAUACCGUAGUCGAUAUGCACAAGUUG